UACAUGUGAACUGUAUCCUGAGUUGCAGUACUGUGCCUGCAUUCCUCUCAUCAAGGAUUUGCUUGAAAGAAAAAAAAUCAUAAAUAAUAACACAGAUGCAGACUGGAAUACGGCGCGGAUCCAUCGAUUGCUUAAGGACUACAGCUUUAUAGAUAUGCGUCUUAUGGAUGAUCGCCGAAUUCUUUGGAUAUUUCUGUUUUUAACUGACACGUCUUUAUAAAGGAGUAUACAAAUGAGCAGAAAAACAAAUAGAUACAUCGUUUUAAAUGCGCUUUAAACAGGAAAACAAGAUGGCUGAUGACAGUAAACGAUAACAAGGACAAAACGAUAUCGUCCCCUUUAAGAACAAGAAGGUAUCUGGCUAUAAUACAUAAAUAUUUUAAACGAGUUAGCUUGAACAAAAAUGCUUCGCGUUAUGGUGUUCACUAUUUUAAACUAAAAUUAAUCCAAACCAGUGCUAUAAAAUGUGGGUAGGUAAACGCUCUAACUAAACAUGGAAAGGCGUAAUAUUUCAGAAAAUUCUUUAACGUUUAACGACUACAGAUAGCAAGAGAAUAGCCUUGCGAAAGCUAAAACUGAGUUUGAUCAAGAGAUUUGCGUGUGUCCUCGGGAUCGUAAGCUUAAAAGCUUCAUGAAAAUGUUGUCAAAUGCGCAUUUACAUUUUAAAUGUUUAUUCAGUAUGUUAUCGCGACUGUAGAGAGAGUUUGUUCUUGUUUUACUGACUGACUUCCUUAUAAUUACACACUGGGUAAAACGACAACGGUUACAUUUUAUUUUACGACUAGGAUAAAGGCUCUUCUUUUAUUCAUAUAAGCUAAUAUUUCAACGGAUCGUGCACAGCAUUCAAAUAGACAUUAGCCUUAUAAUAACGCUGGGGCAAAUGUCAUGUGUCAUAGACACAAAUCACAUUUCUACGUGAUUGAGUGCUUUAGUACGGGGCUGCCUUUACCACCGAUAGCACAGGGCACAAGCGAUGCCGUUUCGUGUUUGGAGAUAUUUCUGAGCUGGUUUGAGCUCAAGGCACGAGUAGUACGGUCACAUGUGGCUUUAAACUUUGUAAAUGAUUAUGCAUGCCUCGUUUAAAUUUAUAGACUUGUGAAACGCUAUUUUAGAGAAACAUUUUUGACUAUGCAUUAGACUACGGCAAUUUAUCACGUAACUUCCAUCGCAGUCUGGAAUAUUUUAUUAUAUUUUAAACACUGAAAUCAUUAUUUCAGAAACGUUGUACGGAUCAGAACGAUUGUGUGAUCUAACUGGAUGCUCUGUAUUUUCUGGGCUCCACAGACGCCUUCGGCUACGUUGAACAACUUUCCCAGGCAGCCUUUAGAUUUGUUCGAGUAAUAUGUUCGUAAUACAUAAUUCAGAGGUAUAUCAGGGUUAUAGUCUGUGCACCUUUAUUCUUAUAUAACGAGCACAAAUCUAGCCAAAUGUUGUUUUUUCUGAGCUAGUGUAUUAUUUUGGAGAGCUACGUCCCCGGUUUGGAUUCUUAUGAACCAGCAUAGGUUUGCAAUAACACGUCCGACGCAGUAGUAUUGCAACAUCAGAUUCCUUAUUUCUUGCUCGCUGCGGAAUUUGAUUACUGACAACUUGGACAGGGGCGGAAGAGACGCUCCCUUGGCAUGUUCAUGGAGGCUUAUCAGCAGCUGUUUGGGCAGACUUUUACGCAUGUGUGGAUCAUUGGAACCACACGCACCUUUUCAUAAAGGAGUUACAAGAAUGACUGAAGUGUGUCAACUCACUUAAGAUUUUCUUGCUGGUUUUCGAAAAAUAUUUCGAGUGGAACGCUCUAGAACUAUGCUGAAUAGCGCUUUCGAAUAACGAUUUUUGGAAUCUACGCAUCAUAAUAAACCAAAACUUGUAAAAACUAGAAGUACAAUACUUACGUUCCUGGAAGGGUUGAACAGUUUAUAGGCUCAGGUUCAAACCUGAUCUGGAAACCUGGAUGUCUACGCAAGCCAUCGAGAUGGCUGAGAACUGGAAAAACUGUUUCGAAGAGGAACUCAUUUGCCCGAUAUGCCUGCAUGUGUUCGUGGAACCUAUACAACUGCCUUGUAAGCACAACUUCUGUCGCGGAUGUAUAAGCGAGGCCUGGGCUAAAGACACGGGACUGGUACGGUGCCCGGAGUGCAACCACGCCUACAACCAGAAGCCAAAUCUCGAGAAAAACAUCAAACUAACUAACAUAGUGGAAAAGUUCAACGCACUAAACGCAGAGAAAGCACCGGCAAUACUGCAGUGCAUCUUGUGCAGACGAGGACCUCCCCUUCCAGCGCAGAAAGUUUGUCUCCGUUGCAACGCACCUUGUUGUCAGUCACACGUUCAGACUCAUCUUCAACAGCCUUCUCCAAACCCUGGACAUCUACUAGUCGACGCAGAGGACGUCCGGGCUUGGAGUUGUCCACAGCAUGAUGAGUAUAGACUCUAUCACUGCGAAGCGGAACAGGUGGCCGUCUGCCAAUAUUGCUGCUUCUCCAGAUGUGCGGCUAGCCAUGGCCAUGCAGUUUGCGACGUGGAAGUACGUCGAAAUGACAUAAGGCAAAUGUUGAUGAAACAGCAAGAUCGUAUUGAUGAUCGAGUGCAAGACAUAGAAGAGCAACUGUACAAGCUGGAAUCAGAUAAACGGCAGGUGGAGGAUAAGGUAGAGCAGUUGAAGGAGGAGGUUCGCAUGCAGUAUCAGAAGAUGCAGCAGCUCCUCGAGGAGGACCUGGGGAAGACUCUGGAGGUGCUGGAGAGGCUCGCUCAAAGUUUUGCCAGGAGAACUCAAAGCCAGGCCCUGCAGCUCAACGAGAGACGCCAAGAGGCCAAAAAAAUGCUAAGCUCUGUCCAGGUGCUGUUCGACAAAGCCGAUGAUAUCAACUUCAUGAAGAACACAAAAUCUGUGAAGAUACUCAUGGAUAGAUCACAGACAUGUACAGGCAGUGGUGCUACCUCCUUACAAGUAGGCCACCUUAACUCCAAAGUCUUUCUCUCCGAGAUUUCCAAAAAGGAAAAGAGCCUCCGGAAAAUGCUUGAAGUGCCCUUGGCUGCACCUGCGCACUUCCUCCAGAGCGUUCCUGUCUACCCCUGCAGCAUGAGCGGCUCAACCCCUGAGAAGCGCAAGCACUCUGCUGCCUUCCCUGAGAGUGCCACCAGCUUCCUGGAGUCCUCCUCCUCGGGUCCCGUGGCCAAGCAGCAGUUCUUGGGUCCGAGCUCGAGCUCGGCUGACGGAACAUCUGCCCAGCCACCCCUGGCCCCUUGCAGCUCCACCCAGCACGUUGUGGGCCUCGGCAGCAGCGGUGCCGGCGCUCAGCCCGUCCAUCACUCCAGCUCGGUGUUCGGCCCUGCCCACUACCCCAACGCCGGCUCCUCCCAGCAGGCUGUGCUGCCGCAGUACAGUGGCCGCAAGAUCCUCAUGUGCACGGUGGACAAUUGCUACUGCUCGAGUGUGCCCUCUGUGUCCAGCCACCCGCGGUCAAGGCCUAACCCACGUUCAGGCUCUUUUCCUUGGACGCAGGAGUACUCGCACCCCCUGCCCUCCACGCCCUCCAUAUCCCAGCCCCUGCAGGGUCUCUCAAUGCGUGACUGGAUCGACGCCUCCCAGAGCCACAGGCAUCCUGACUUCUAUGGGCUAUACGGCCAGUCUUCAGCUAAACACUACGUCACCAGUUAACCUUCUGCGAGCAUCAGGAGUGUGCUUUGGGUUUCUUUGACUUUCCGUUUCUUUUAUUCUAACUUUCUUUCACCGAUAUUUUCACCCUUGCUUUAUCUCCGAUUAUUUAAAGGAAACGAGAAAUACAGAAUAUUUCAGCUUGAAUUUUGGCACUUUGUCUUUUUUCCUCCCUGAACAUGUAUCUCAUUAGCUUCCAUCUUAAGCCUCAAAAAGCUUCUCAAAUCCCUGCCUGCCCCUGUGCGUUUUUUUUUUUUUAAGUCUUUGUAAGGACUUAUGGCAGUUGUGCUUUUAAAAUUACGAACAGAUCUUGGAUAAUUGUAGAUGCAGCUGACCCAGAGCAGAUAAUGUUAGCCUGUAAAUGGGGCCAGUCUGGAGUCUUCUCUCCACCCCCUCUUCCUGCCUUUAGGGUGCCAGGGGAGGAGGAAGCUUCUUUUUGUCAUAAAUUCGGUCUGUAAUUCAAGAUGUAACUGUGGGAAACACACCUCAUUUACUAUUUUUACAUGGUUUCAAACCUCUUUAUUUCUGUUAGCGAGAAUGCCCACCUCGUGACAAGUUGUUAGUUGUGGGAGAGACGAGAGAUAAAAAGGUGAGGGAUACAGUUGUUUUCCUAACUUACUCACUCCUACAGCAGCUUGGGUUAAUGUGUAGCUGGCUGCUCCAGGCCCAAACCAUAUGUAACUUAACUCCGUUCACGGGGGGCUGAGUUGGGAUUGUCCUCUUACAAAAACACCUAAAAGGCAAGAGGCUCUCUUUUUCUCACAUGUUUACAAUGACAUUAAUAUUUUUAUGAUUUGACAGGAAGUAGGAAAAAAGGUUUGAUCUUAAUUCUGUUCAGGAGAGAACACCCAGAAGGAAUCAAAUUGCACAGUUUGACACUCAAAUACAGUUUCUAAUCCUGGAAGGCUCUUGAUAGACCACUCACAGAGGGCACAAGCUUUCCAUAGACGUUUCUGAAACCACUGCACCUGAAACAUUAUGUCUGGACUCUUCUUCCGGUUGGGUAUGGUUACUUCCUGCAUCCAAGCACAUGCAAGGCAUGUUCCAGAGGAUCAGCCAGUGCACUCACUCUGUGAUCAUAAAAUUGCGUAGAUACGGUAUCCUUCCUCUGUAAAACCUUUUGGGCAAUAGAGUCUGCUGGGUCUGUGUGUCACUGUGCAACGCUGAUUGUCAGGAACAUGCUGAAAAUCUGUUGACUUCCUGUUUGUGACUUUAAGCAAUCCAAAAAGCUUUUCCACGCACCCAGAACUCCAAGAGGCUAAACUGGGUCUCAGUAGAAAAUGGCAGUUGACAUUUUUUCAUGUAUUUUAUACAAGAAGACAGAAUGAACCUCUGAAGUUCUGAAAAUCAGUUCAUUGUGCUUCAAAAGAGUAUUAAAUGUCGGUUGAAAAACAAGUGUAUACAGUACAGUCUUUUUGUACAUAUUUUGUGCAACACAAAGGUGUGCCCCUAACCUAAAAAAUAAACAGCAGUUACUGGA